AUGGAGGGGCCUUUAAGUGUGAGUGUACCAGGCGUGACCUUCAAGUCCUCUACAACAGCCGGAGCUCGAGCACAUGUGCAGGAAGCCGGCAAAGAGGAGGGAAUGGAUGAUGCAUACACCCAACCAGGGCCGUCCGACUCCCACAGUCUCAUCAAAUCGACCAAAACGCAUACAGGAUUCUAUUCUGAGCAUGGCCAUUCCCUCUCUCACAUCCGGCCCAUCACCAAACAUCCUGGUUCAUCAGUCACAGCAUUCUUUAGCGGUGUAUUCACCACCAUCAUCGGCAUAUCGACCCUCGGCGCCAGUAUCACCUUCUCCUACGUCUUGUCCAACAACACCUCCACUCCUCGAGCAGUCUUCGAUGUGGAGCAGAUACAAGAAUUCCUAGCAAUUAGCUGGCUCUUGUUCCUUCUUGCUCUGGCAAUUGCCUCCCUUGGUUCGACUAUCCUGAAUUUCUUCAAAGACCACUGGACUGCAGACUGGGAUGGCUUGAAUGGGAAAACCUCGCAACGGAGUGUUCAGUGGUACGCUGUCGUUGCUGCUGGACUGAUGGGCGGUCUGAUCAUCGGGGCUUUCGUGCUGCUGUGCCUGGUGGUGGUUGCACAUACCACUAUCGUGGGCUGGAUUGCCUUGGGAUUUACCAGCCUUUUUGGAGCUAUCAUCUUUGUGGCGCUGAUGCAUCAAGCCCCCUGGCCGUGGCGGAAUAACACGCCGUCCCCGAGCCCAAGGCAUCGCACUGCGGGAGGCCAUGAUGGACGUGAUAGAGAUGGAGGACCUUGA